AUGGACGCCGCGCCCAGGUCCGCAUCCCGUCCCCGACCGACCUCCAGACCAACGACCCCGCUUCGUCCCAGCUCUAGAUCGUCUAUACGCAAUUUUCAUGGAUACGGCAGCAGCAUCAACGCCGCCGGAUAUGAAGAGCCUGCAAUAAACUCAUUGGAACCGCAGUUUGCAGAGCUGGCGGACUCAAUGGCUGAUUUGGAGGCCAACUUUAUGCACCUCCAAUUGAUGCACGAGAGUCUGUCGAGGUUUAGCGAGAGCUUUGCUAGUUUUCUAUAUGGAUUGAACAUGAAUGCGUUUUGUGUGGAUUUUCCUGAGGCUCCUAUUCCCGAGUCAUUCAAGAGGGCGAAGGAAGCAAAGGCGAAUCAAGGUAAAAACUCGCACUCGCUCAGAACUGUUGCAAUUCACUGA